UAUACCAAGAAAAUAUUAUAUAUCGAUACUCUUUCAAUCAACUAAGAUGUUUUAUACUCAACUUCAAACUGCAUAUCCAGAUCGUUUUGAAUUGUAUAAGAAAUUUAAUGAACUCUAUGAAUCAAAAUUAGAAAAAGUAAAGCCUUUGGUAAAUGAUGAAUCCUCAAAGAAAUUCUUACUCGCCUGUCAAAAAGCUAUUAAAGAACCAGUCAACGCUAUAUCAGCAGCUAGUUCACAACAUCUGAACAAUAAAUUUGACAAAAUUUAUGAUUUUAUAAAUGGUCAUCCAUUUAAGGUAGCUGAAGAACAAGGUGAUGUACUAAUCGGAAGCGUGUCGCAAGCCGCCUUUGGUGUAGCAUCAAUAAUUGUUUCAUUAUGGAAAGUCCUACCCGAAUUUGGAGCGCUUUUUUUAGCCACCCUAUAUAAGGAAUCCCCAUACUUAGUACCAUAUUAUGUAACUAAACAACAACAACAAUCUACUGAUGACUACCUUAAAACACUCGGCUACAAGUUCAAAAAAGGCAUGCUUGAAAAUCAAGAACAAUUUCUGAAAAGACAAACUGGUUAUGCUCGACUAUUUUCAGCAAUUAUGAUAACCAGUGGUAGAAAAAUUGAUGAACAGCCUCAUCCAUUCGGUAAAGAACACUGUUGGAGUUGGUUAACUAAUUUUAUAAACAUGGAACCGUACCCAAAUGUUUCUACAACAAUACUUUACGAGGUUCUGAAAACAGUUUCAGCGAAUCUUUAUGAAACUUAUGGUAAACAGUUUUUAAAACUGAUUAUAUUCAUAAGACACACAUAUAUACCAAAAGUAAAAGAAAUUAAUAGUGAUGGACUAACUGUGCGUCUGGAAGUUUUACUGGACGAAUAUUUAAAAACUAAAUCAUUUAAAAUGCCAUUAGGAUUUUUAUCAAAAGAUUUUUGGUAAUAAA